AGCAACUAACUUGUGAAAGGUAAGUAUUUUCUUUCAUAUAAUUCUGUCACCUACUGCAGGUUCUCUACAGUGUUUGAAGUGGACUGGAAAAUCUGAAACGAACUGGACUUUUUUAAUAUAAUUUUAGGUCAUUAGGUCAUUAGGUAACUUUUAAAUACAGCAUGUUCAAAGGGCUAUUUCUUUGUGUACUGUUGGCUGCGCUCUCAGCACAGUCAAUGGCACAGCCAAAAUCCUCUGCAGAUGAAGAGGAAAUGAAUGAACGAGUAGCUCGAAGUUUGUUUGGAACAUUUGCCAAGAUGGCUUUAAAAGGAGCUUCAAAAUUAAUUCCACAUUUACUUCCAUCAAGACAACAACGGGAAGCCAAUGAUCUAGAUCUUCGCUCUGCUGAAGAACUUAUCUUUUGAAAUGCGAUUGCACAAUACGUACAAGACUGCAUUAAGGUUGGACAGUAGGAAGUUUCAUUUGAAAGCAUCCAGACCUACAAAACUACCAGCCUGUUUCUGCAAAUGAUAAAUAAACAUAAAUGAGCAAAUUGAACUUA